AUGCAGAACUCUCCUCGCUCUGGAUCCUUUGAACGUCGCAGUUCUGUCCAUGAUAGAAUGCCAAGCCCGUCUCCCAUCCGAUCGCCAUUGUCCAGGAGCCGUACACCUUCGCCUUCUCGUGGUCGAUCACAAGCACCUCAUGGAAGACCUUCGUCUCGCAUGGUGUCGCGCUCAAAAUCACGAGGAAGACUUUCUUCACGAUCAAGCUCACGCUCACCAUCCCGUCGCUCUAAGCGCAGCGAUAACCAUCAUCAUCAUGGGCUCUUCAAGACUACGGCUGGUCUUCUAGCUGGUAUUGGUGUCGCUGCUGUUGUAGCCCACAAGGUCUGGCCCAAGGGUGUCUUGUACGGUGAUCAUGAAGACUGGGAGCAUUCUUCUAAGCAUCACCGUUCAGACCGCCCUCACCAUCGUCGUCGCCGCUCACUCGAAAAUGGCGAUCGCGUAGUCGAGCGAACAACUCGACGUCGUGGUGAUGCUGUCUACGAAGAAGUUGAUCGUAGACGACCUCAGAACUAUGAGCGUAUGCCGCGGCCUGACUAUGAGAGGAUGAGGCAGCCUGCUGAGCGUUUGCCAUAUCCACCUGAUGAUCGCUAUGUUGAGGCCCAACCGAUCUAUGCUGAGCGGAGGAGGACCGUUGUUCAGCCUGCUCCUAUGCACCCCGAGUGGUGA